ACCAGUUUUUGAGGUUAAGAGCCAAAGACAACAUUGUCAAGGCAAGGCAAGCUAAAACCCCUAUGCUCCCAAACCCAUAUAUUUCCCAACCCAAGAAAAGAAAGGAAUUCUCAGCUUCUCUAUAUCUCCCUUCCUCUUCCUCUUAGUUCCUUCCCAACCCUUCAGAUUAUCUCCCUCUCCCUCUGUCUCUAUCUCUAUGGAAAUUUCUAGCAGAAUUGCCAGAAUCAAUGCUUUCCUCAUCUGUUUGCUUUGUUUCUCAGCUUUACAAAGAGUUACAUCACUUGGCAUCAACUAUGGCCAACUCGGCAACAAUUUGCUAGAACCAGAGAAAGUACUAGACCUCUUGAGCUCCCUCAAGGUCACGAAAGCUAGAAUUUACGACACGAAUCCUCAAGUACUAACAGCAUUUGCGAAUUCUGGUGUUGAGUUAAUGGUGACAAUCGAAAACGCAAUGUUAGGCCAGUUGAUGAACCCCCAAGCAGCCCUUCAAUGGGUUAACGCUCACAUCAAGCCUUUUGUUCCCGCAACAAAAAUCACCAGCAUUGCGGUAGGCAAUGAGGUCUUCACCGACGAUGACACGACCGUGCUGCUAGCUAAUCUUGUCCCAGCCAUGGUCAGCAUUCAAUCUGCACUAACUCAGCUAGGCCUUGACUCAUACAUUAAGGUCUCAACACCUUGCUCAUUAGCUGUGCUUGAAGAGUCCUAUCCGCCUUCAGCGGGGAGCUUCAAAACUCAAGUAGCUGGUGUUAUGUCACAACUGUUACAGUUCUUGCAAACCACAAAAGCACCUUUCUGGAUCAAUGCCUAUCCUUACUUUGCAUACAAAGAUAACCCGAAUAAAAUUUCGCUAGACUAUGUGCUCUUCAAUCCUAAUUCGGGCAUGAUCGACCCUUACACUAAGUUACACUAUGACAAUAUGUUGUAUGCUCAAGUAGAUGCAGCCAUUUUUGCUAUGGCGCGGUUGGGAUUCAAUGGGAUUGAGGUCAAGAUUUCAGAGACGGGGUGGCCAUCCAGGGGCGAUACAAACGAAAUCGGUGCAACUUUGCAGAAUGCCGCUAUUUACAAUAGAAACUUGCUCAAGAGGCAAUUAGCAAAUGAAGGCACACCUUUGAGGCCUAGAAUGAGGCUCGAAAUCUAUGUUUUUGCUCUUUUCAAUGAGAAUAUGAAGCCUGGACCAACUUCCGAGAGAAACUAUGGCUUAUUUCAACCUGAUGGAACAAUGGCUUACAAUGUGGGAUUGUCUACCUUGUCAACUACUUCAACUACCUCAUCAACCUCAUCAACCUCAACGGCUUCAAUUUCUGAUUUCACUUCCUCUGCCACAAAGUCAACAAUGGACUUUCAUCAAAGCUGGGUGAGCUGCAUCUUUGUUUGUGCGGUUACCUUGCAAGUUUAUAUCAGAAGACUAUUUUAAGCAAAUGAGGCAAUGGUUAAAUGGGAGUUGAUGUAAAUACUACUUUUUGAAGAGGAGGGAAUACUGCGGGUUAAUUUCUUCAAUUGAGUCUUUUUAAAUUCUCAAUCAUCUUCAGAAACAGAAACACAAGAACCAGAAAUGAAUCAUCUUCAUCGCCGUCACGGAUCAGCAGUUAAUUUGUUAGAGAAGAUAAAGCCAUUAUUCGAAUUUAUUAACUGUGACAAGUAGUACUAGUAGUCAAAUUAAGUUGCUGUAAAACAAGAUUUAUUCCUCAAUUUCAUUUCUGUCAUUGAUUAUAACAAGCUAUGUAUGCAUGUACAGAUAUGCGUUGUUAGUUAGA